AUGGGAAGAUGUAGAGAUAUUUCUGAAUUAUUCAAUGAGAGGUUCCAAGAUGACCAUGAUAAACAUGUUUCUGAACAUCAUUACUGGGAAAGUGAAUCAUACUCCAAGACCUAUUUUAAAAAGAAGUCUCUUUAUUUAAAAUUUAAAUAUUAUGACUCCAGCAGUGUUUUGAAAUUCUUUUUCUUUCACUGGGUGGCUAAAUGGGCAUUUCUUGUUUCCAAACAAUAUGUAGAGCCAUAUAAGUUACAUCCACUUCCUGUUGCUGAUCAGGUCCUACAUUGGUAUCCAAUAUUUUCAAAGAACCUUAGUGAUGCACUACUUAGAUUGGAAUCUUAUGAAACUAGCCAAUAUGGACACCCAAAUACCAAACCAACUAGAUCUGUUCUCCUUCGUGCAUUGUUCUUGACAUUUUGGAAACGAACAUUAUUUGGUUUACUUGGCAUUGUGUUUACUAAUGUUCUUAGUAUAAGCAUUUCAAUACUGAUCAAGCAUUUACUGGGUAUUUUGAACACCAAGUCUUUUACUCUAGCUAAAAUAUUUCUGUUUCUAUUCUCUAUAAUAGGUUUACAAAUUAUUGAUCAAAUAUUUAAAGAGAAUAUUAUCUUGUUUAUAUACAGAUUACUCAAUAUUUGCUAUUAUUCAGUGGCAAUAAGUGUGUUUCAACAUGGCUUAUCUCAUAGACGCAACUUCUAUAAUAAUGUAAACGGAUCCAACUUAUUAAAUGUUUGUAACAAUGUUUUACACAGUUGUUCCCCUGAUUCCGAUUGUUCUAAAAAUCCAUUGUAUUGUCCUGCAAGACGAUACCAAAACAAAAAUAUGUCUCCCAGGAUGUUCACGUUUGAGUUUGUCGAUUCAUUUUACUUAUCAUGUUUUUUUGAAGCCUUGUUGUUUGCUGUUGAUUUUUUGUCAAAUUUUAUUUAUGGAGUUGUUUUAAUUUCGACUCAGAUUAAGAUUGGUUUAUGGGUAUUGUAUACUGUUGGUAUAUUUUUCAUUUUUUUAAUGUUUAUUACUGAGAUCCUAAAUAGUUAUUUGUUUCACUUUGUCUGUCUUGUCAAGGAUUAUAGGAUUUCAGAAUGUAUUGAAAUUAUAUCUGAUUUACCUUUGAUCAAAAAGUUACUUUAUGAUGAUAUUGCCAUUAACAUUAUUACUGAGACUAGGAAUAGUGAGUUACUAUUAAUUUUGGUUCAGAUGUUCUUAACUUUUCUUAAUAUUACAUUCUAUACAAUUUGUGUUAAUUUAUUAUUCUAUGUCUUGAUGAGAUACUUUGUAAAAUCAGUUAGGGAUGCAGAGAUUAUCACGGACAUUGAUACUGCUGGCUUCUUGUCAUCACUUUACAUAUUUUUCAAGAUUAUAGACUCAAUGUUCUUGUUCCCCUACUCAUUAAGAAUCAUCACUACUGGCUACGUUUCAUACAAUAGGGUUAAUAAAUAUCUUAUCGAAUGUUCUCCUAACUUUUACAUUAGUGAUAACAAAUUCACAGGUUCUACAAAGAUGUCCAGCGAAGUUCCAGAUGUAACUAAUGACAUUGACAAGGAUGUAGUAGUUUUAUAUAAGGAUGCCUCUUUCUCAUGGGUUAACAACAGGAAGGAUUUUGUCAAUACGAAUAAUGAGGUUUAUUUGAAGAAUGUUAACUUCCAGCUUAAGAGGGGUGAAAUUGCAAUAAUUACAGGUUCUCAAGGUUGUGGCAAAUCUAACUUCAUCAAGUCUGUUCUUGGUGAAAUGACACUGGUCGAUGGUUGUAUGGCUGUAGUUCCCCUUCAUACAUCAAUGCCUAUAUUUUAUGCCUCCGAAUAUAUAUGGCUCAAAGAAGGAACCAUUAGAUCAAACAUAACAUUUGGAUAUAGGUUUGAUGAAAAAAUUUAUAACUCAGUCAUCAAGGGGCUUGAACUGGAAUCUGAUAUAUUAUCUUGGGAGAAAGGUGACUUUAGAGUGGUCUCAGAUAAUGCUCAUUCACUCAGUUGUGGUCAGAGAGUUAGGAUGGAGAUGGCUAGAGCCAUUUAUGCUUAUCUUAUAUUUAGUAAAGUUAACAAGGAUUAUAAUAGUCAAUGUUCAUUCUUGAUGUGCCUUGAUGGACAAUUCUAUGGUUUAGAUCCUUAUGUUUCUAGAACUGUAUUUCAUAACCUGUUCAAUUCUAAGAGUGGAUUGCUUGUUAAGGAUGAUUUAGCUGUUAUCCUUUCAUCAUCAAUAACAUUACUUGAUAAGUGUAUUAGAACUUCCGACCUGGUUGAAUAUCACAAAAUUCCCAUAUACCAGAUUGAUAAUAAAUCACUCCUGUUUUACUGUUAUUUGUCAGAUUUUUUUAGGGACAAAAAAACACAAACCGGUUUUGAAUAUAUCACAUCACCAUCAGGUCCUUAUAAGCUAAAUUUCUUCACUAAGGAUUUGCUAAAACUAUGUUAUUCAAGAUCUAACACCAGACUUGGAAGACGUUUUGUUACAAAGUCCAAAUAUGAACGAUCAUUAAACUCCAUUAUUGAAGAAAAUCAUUCUAAAGAUAAAAUUAAUCCAUACCUACUAUAUUUCAAAGCAGCUGGCUUUGCCUUUAUUUUGUUCAUAAUCUUUUCUGUUGCAUCAAGUAUUAUGGACAAUUCCAAAUUUAUCAUUGCAACUGAUCUUACAGAUUAUAUAUCCAAUAAAACCAAAGACUUCAAUGAUGGAAUCUCAGUUGACAUGUCAGAAAUUAAAUCACACAGUAAUUCUGCCCUCAAAGUAAUGUUGAUUAUUGUAUCGGUUAUUAUGUCCUGUUCCUUAUUCUCAACCAUAUUAUUUACUAUAUCAUGUCUAGUUGCAUCAAGAAGAGUUCAUGAAUAUUGUCUUUCUUCAGUGUUUAAGAAUAGUUCAUCAAUAAUCAAAAUCAAGAAACAAAUUAACCAAAUCAUAACUUACCUGUCCAAUGAUAUUGUGAUUGUUGACAAUUUUUUAGGUUGUUAUUUACUUCAAGCAAUUUUAUUAUUUGUUUUAACAAUUGUCUGUAUAUUAUCAUUAUUCUAUACAAUUCCCCUAUCAAUUCCAUUUAUUACUAUAUCAUUAGUGGUUGUUUUUGAAUUCAUUCUAUUACAAUAUAUUAAAUCUAGUAUAAACAUCCAAUUUUUAUAUCUCGAAUCAUCUGGACAUAUUAACACGUCUUGUGAAAAUUCUAUAUUAGGUUUACCCAUUUAUAGAAGUUUUAAAAAGGAAUGGGAGUUAGUUAACAAUAUCAUUGAGCACACGGAUUAUAAAUCUAGAUCAUUUUUUUUAUAUUUUGCUUUGGGGGCAUGGGCUUCAGUUUUGUUCAAUUGGUUAUUCUCUCUUACAACCGCUCUAUUCCUCACAGCUCUAAUCAUAUUUGAUAAAUUUACAAGCUACAAAAUGAAUGUUGGUUACUUUGGAUUAGGUCUAUCACUGAGUAGCAGUGUUAUCAAAUCUUUUAGCAACCUUUCUAUGUUAUUCACAGCAUUAGAAAUAUCAAUGUGUUCAGUUAGAAGAUUCCAGUGCUUUAUUCCACCUGGCACUAAGUGUGUAUUUGAUAAGUUCCGUAAUGUUCAUGAAGAGGACAUAGCUGUUAAUUCUAGCAAACUAAAUUUGAAGAUGAAUAAGAAGAUGCUACUGAAGAGAAGAGCACUUGAGUUCAAAGAUACUAAACCCAAUUUAAUAAAGAGGAUGAUGUUUAGGCCAAAAAUUAACUUCACUGACAUUUGCAAAUAUCUUCCAUCUGAACAUAGUGGUGUAGUAUUCAAGCAUCUUUGUGUGUAUACAUCAUCCGAGAUGAAUGAGGAAGGUCUUAUCCUCAAUAAUAUAAAUGCGUCACCAUCUAGGUCUGAUAUUAUUGGUAUCAUUGGCAGAACUGGAGCUGGUAAGACAACUCUAUUAUCUGUUCUACAAAAUACCGUAAGGUAUAGAACUGGUCAAGUAUUGCUGGAUGGCAGAGAUUUACAUGAUAUUCCCAAGAGUGUCAUUAGGCACAUUAUUGGUGUUCUACCUCAGCUUCCAUUUGUUUUCAAAGGUUGGACCAUCAGAAGGUUCUUGGAUCCAAGGAGACUAUUUAGUGAUGAUGAAAUUAAUGACGCCCUGGAUAACUGUGAUCUCCUUGACUUUGUUAAUAACCUUCAUGGUGGAAGAAAAUUAGAUACUAUAAUUGCUCCUAAACCCCUAAAAUUAAAGAAGACCAAAGACCAAUCAGCAAAAGACUCCUUUACUCAUGAUGAAGCAUUAUCUGAAGAAAGUUCAAUGACGUUAGAUGACCUUAGCUCAGUAGGUACUAUGUUAUCCGUAAGCCAGCUAAGAACACUUUGGUUUGCCAAACUAGUAUUAUACAGACAUCAGUAUAGGAUGUUAAUCAUUGAUGAACCUCCAUCUGAUAAUUGUUCAGAACAUGGAUUUGAGGUUCAAGAUAUUGGAAUACCCAUUUACGAAUUAUUGGACAAAUAUUUCAAACAUUGUACUUGUUUUGUUACAGCACAUUAUGCCAAAGUCCUUAAAUCUUGUACAUCAGUUUGGGUAAUGCAUAAUGGUAAACUUAUAAAAACAUGUAAGGCCUCAGAAGUAUCCAAAAAUGAAUCGAUAUCAAACAUCAUAGAGGAGAUGGUCAAUAAAUAUUCAAACUAA